CAGCAGCUGCAGAUGAAUUUUCUGGACUCAGAAAUGUGACAGCGGUCAGAAAGGAAAUGAUUAUUGAAUAUAUGAUCAAAGGUUCCAAAAAGGGAACAAAACCUCAAACUCAAGCUCAGCAGAAAGAGAGACAGAAAAAAGUGGAGGCCAUUCAGAAAGACAUGUUAGAAAAGAUCCGUAUCAUCAAACCAGACUUCAAUAAGGAGCUGACGGAAGAACUGAAAAGGUCAAAAAGAGGCGAACAUGUCUUCAACAAUCACAUUCUUAAAUUUCAUUCCACAGUGCUGACUGACUUUAUACAAAGAUAUAAUAUUGCUAAUCGACAAGGAUAUAAUCAGCCGGCGAUGGAUACAUUAGGCAGACACACGCUUACCCAAAACUCAGCAACAGAAAUUCAGACAAACAUGGUGGUUCACUUUGGCGAGGAUGAAUUCUAUGUGAAUUCGAAUGCAGUGUUGUAUGGUGAAUAUUGCAGAGCCCUGCGAGAUGCUAUGUUAGCUGUGCUGGGCCACAUAAACCCAGAUGACGUGACACAACAGGAGAGAGAAUGGGUGAAUGUAAUCAUAGAUAAUAUGAAUAACCAUGCAAUCUAUGUGGACCAACUGGCAGCGGGCACAUGGAUUGCCAAUAAUGCGGCUAGACAGGCCCGGUUUGAAGUGGUAAGACAGCAAGUUGUGACCAUGUAUAACACAGAUCGUGGGCUUGGAUGGUGCAUACACAUUCUGAAUCAAGUUGGGACCUUUGUUUGAACUUAGUGAGUUUAUAUCUCCUGUUCAGGCUUCCCAGGUUUCCUUUCAAAAUAUCCAGCUCAAUUACAUCCUAAAUCCCACAGACCUGAAACUAGCUCAAAAAGGACACUGGAGGAAACAAACACCAGUUUUUUUUUUUUCUUCAAACUAGAGUGGUGUGCACACAUUUGUAUAUUUGCAGUGUUUACAACACACUUAGCAUUAGCGUUUUGUCAUCCAUUGCCUGUUAUGACUGUUAUCCUCUCUAUAAUCGUGUUUUCCCUCUCGUUCAGACCCGUUCAGAAAUGGCUCCAUAUUCAGAUCUUGGCUUUUUUUUUUUUCACUUUCCCACACCC